AAUCUAAAAUCCUUAUAAGAAAGGAAGAUUAAUUGUCACUCUGCUAACAAACAGCAAAAAAGAAGAAAUGAUGAAGAAAGGAAAGGGAAUUUUGAACCCUAAUUUGAAGCUCUCUCUUCCUCCUCCAGCUGAGACCUGCUUCGACGAGUUCCUUACACAAAGCGGUACGUUCAAAGACGGUGAUCUCCUCGUCAACAAGGACGGUGUUCGAAUCAUCUCUCAAUCCGAACCUGCACUUCUUAUUAAGCCAUCAGAAGCUGAAAAUGACGAUCAGUUGAAUUUAGAAGAUUUUGAUGUGAUUAAAGUUAUUGGCAAAGGUAAUGGUGGAAUUGUGCAACUGGUCCAACACAAAUGGACGGAGCAGUUUUUUGCAUUGAAGGUUAUUCAAAUGAACAUCGAGGAAUCGGCACGCAAGCAGAUCGCAAAGGAACUGAAAAUAAACCAAUUGUCUCAGUGUCCGAACGUCGUCGUUUGUUACAAGUCUUUCUUUAACAACGGUGUCAUUUCGAUCAUUUUGGAGUAUAUGGAUGGUGGAUCCCUAGCAGAUUUCUUGAAGAAGGUUAAAUCCGUUCCCGAACCGUAUCUCGCGGCAAUUUGUAAGCAGGUGGUCAAGGGUUUGAUAUAUCUUCAUCAUGAAAAACACAUUAUCCACCGGGACUUAAAACCGUCUAACUUGUUGAUAAAUCAUAGAGGAGAAGUUAAGAUUACCGACUUCGGUGUUAGUGCGAUAAUGACGAACACCUCCGGACUAGCUAGCACUUUCGUUGGAACAUACAACUAUAUGUCGCCUGAGAGAAUUGCUGGUAGCAAUUACGGCAAUAAGAGCGACAUUUGGAGCUUGGGGUUAGUGUUGCUCGAAUGUGCAACUGGUCAGUUCCCAUAUUCCCCACCGGAUCAGGCUGAAGGAUGGACCAAUUUUUUCGAGCUCAUGGAACAAAUUGUUCAACAACCGCCACCUUGUGCACCUUCAGAUCAAUACUCUUUGGAGUUUUGCUCGUUCAUUUCUGCAUGUGUACAAAAGGACCCAAAGGAAAGAAAGUCCGCACACGAAUUGCUGGCAUUUCCUUUCUUGAACAUGUACGAUGACUUGGACAUCAACCUCUCUUCUUACUUCUACAAUGCCGGAUUGCCACUUACACCGCUUUAGAACUUCUGUGAUUUCAGACUUCAGACGACUGAACAUAUAUGAUCAGUCAGAAUCGAAACAAUGUCCACAAAAACCGAAGUUUUAGAACCAUGGAAGAUUAGUAUUGUCGUUCUGGACUUAUUUGAGCAGCUGUUACUAUGACAAGGCCCAAAGUUAAACAUAAAAGAAUAUAG